GAGAGACGCCGGGUCAACGCGCCAGGUAGCAACGCCUCGGGACAGCCGUCGACGUUUCCCUUCGUCGCCGUCUUCGUCCUUGCCAUAUCAACCACACGGGGUUGUGCCUCGUCUCUAAAACGACGACUCCAAGGGUGACUGCAAUCAUGGGGUUCUUUGACGGAAGUUUCGUUCUACUCGCGGCCACGAUCGUCCUGCUUCCCGUCACGCACAUAGCUCCGUUUGCAUACGCUGCGCAAACUGUCCCAGGUGGUCCCAUGUUGGGAGGAGACGUGAACAUCUCCGCAAUAUUGGAUUCAUUUUCCGUUAGUUACGAUAAAAGAGUAAGGCCGAACUACGGAGGUCCCCCUGUGGAAGUCGGUGUCACCAUGUAUGUCCUCAGCAUCAGCUCCGUAUCCGAGGUGUUGAUGGACUUCACGUUGGAUUUUUACUUCCGACAAUUCUGGACGGACCCGCGACUUGGGUUCAAGCAACGACCGGGCGUCGAGACGCUCAGCGUCGGUUCGGAGUUCAUCAAGAAUAUAUGGGUACCCGACACCUUCUUCGUCAACGAAAAACAAUCGUACUUUCAUAUUGCUACCACCAGCAACGAGUUCAUUCGUAUUCACCACUCAGGCAGCAUCACGCGUAGCAUACGCUUAACAAUUACAGCAUCGUGUCCCAUGAAUUUGCAGUAUUUUCCGAUGGACCGACAAUUGUGCCAUAUUGAGAUCGAAAGUUUCGGAUACACGAUGAGGGACAUCCGGUACAAGUGGAAUGAGGGACCGAACAGCGUCGGCGUCAGCAACGAGGUCUCCCUGCCUCAAUUCAAGGUCCUCGGUCACCGUCAACGUGCCAUGGAGAUUAGUCUUACCACCGGGAAUUACUCGCGGCUGGCCUGCGAGAUCCAAUUCGUACGGUCGAUGGGCUACUACCUGAUCCAGAUCUACAUACCCUCGGGGCUGAUUGUCAUAAUAUCGUGGGUGAGCUUUUGGCUAAACCGAAACGCGACCCCCGCUCGGGUGGCCCUCGGAGUAACCACUGUGCUCACUAUGACGACUCUAAUGUCCUCGACGAACGCAGCGCUACCAAAGAUCUCCUACGUCAAGUCCAUCGACGUCUAUCUGGGCACCUGCUUCGUCAUGGUCUUUGCCUCGUUGCUCGAAUACGCUACGGUGGGCUACAUGGCGAAGAGGAUUCAGAUGCGAAAGAAUCGAUUCCAAAAGAUAGCUGAGAGCAUGAAGGCCGCGAGCGAAAACCCGGGACCGCCGCGCGUGCCUGGCGAUCACGGGGAACACGCGCCUAAGCAAACUGAGGUGCGGUUCAAGGUGCACGACCCGAAGGCACACAGCAAAGGUGGGACACUUGAGAACACAAUAAACGGUCGCGCCGAUGAAGAAGCGGCGGGCGCGCCGCAACAUAUUAUUCAUCCUGGCAAAGACAUCACCAAGCUCUACGGUAUGAGUAGACCAUGCAUCACGCCGUCGGACAUCGACAAGUAUUCUCGCAUCGUGUUCCCGGUGUGCUUCGUAUGUUUCAACCUGAUGUACUGGAUCAUUUACCUUCACAUCAGCGAUGUAGUCGCGGACGAUCUCGUGUUCCUCGAAGAGGCCAAGUAAACGGGCAGCGUCGUCGGCUCCGAAGCAAGAAGGACGCGGAGAGAACAAAAGUGCUCGCAGAGCAGAGCAUUCGCACGAGGAAUAUAAAGCGAGAAUUGAUCUGCAUGCACAAAAGCGAAAAACGGUUCGAGAAGAAGAAUCGAGGUAACACGCUCAAUGAAUUACUCGAGACGGAAGGAGUAAAAGCGAACGACAAACGAGACAGCCGCGCCAGCUCCGGGAAAAGUGUGCAUUCGAAACGCACGAACGCGCUGUUAGAUCCAUCGAGAGAAAGAGGGAGGGAAAGAGAGAUAGAGAGAGAGAGAGAGAGAGAGAGAGAGAGAGAGAGAAAGAGAGAAUACGGUAACCACUUCUCUCUUCAUGGUUAAGCACAAAUGGAGCCGCAAAAUAUAUACAGCCUUAUAAAUCUGAGAGUAAAAUUACUGCGCAAUCAUUGGAAAUAAUAAUAGAGCAGACGCGGCUGACCAACAUACGUUCUAAUUAAACCCCAUUGCGUGACUAUCGGCUAAGAGGAAAACACUUGUUCAGAAGUUCAAUCGGCGAUCGGAUUUGCGUAAGUCUCGAUUAUGUUGUUCUCUACGAAGCGUCUUCGUUAAAGACUUGGUACAUAUAUAUGAGCAUUGUGUGACGCGUGAUAGAUAGAAAUAUAUAUCGCAAAGAAAACGGACAGGAGCUCAAUCUCAAAUACGAAAAUCCACAAGCAUAUAUACAUUUAAAAACACAUUGCCAGUCUAGUUACCUCCUCUAGAUCUUAAACAGAGAAAGAAAUACCUUGGAUAUAAACACUUGUCAAUUUAGCCACCAUUAUAUAGUUAACUAAUGCUAAGAAUAAUGUACCGCGUGAGACGAAACAAGUACGCAGCGACGAUUCAAUUCAAGAGCGGUGAAAAAAAGAAAAAAGUAAAUAAGAUUAUCGACGUUUAUAUCGAGAGCGAGAGGACGAAUCGUCGCUCUAACACUGUCGAUAGACAUAGCAUUCAAGUGCGAACGAAAGAAACGUAGCGGAAAUUGCGUGGCAGCAUAUGUGUAUGUAUACGCAUGCAUGCGAAUGAGCGAGAGAAUAAAGCGAAUGAUCGCGAGCAAAAUUAGUUAAUAUGUGUGAGAACGCGCGCGCAAGAAAAACGAAGAACCAAAGGAGAUGGACCGGGAGAAAAUUCCAAACGAAGAUAAAUGUUAUAUACAUGUCGGAGACUAGUAUGAUUUAUUAUUUAAGUGUAAGUACAUAUACAUUAACUCAUGAGCGCAUGCGUACGCAACUGUGUUUAAGUAUCGCGCGCAUAUCUUAUAUUAGACACGUGCGUGCACACGUGCGUACAAAGAACGUUAACAGACGUUGAGCGGCUACGCAACAUCCAGAUGGAGGUGAAAACAAGAUAAAAGAUAUAAAGUACAGAAGAAAGAAAACACAAGGAUGCAACGAAAGCUACUUCUCGGUUCUGUGUACGAAACAGAGCAGCGUCUCAUCAUAUUCGCGUUUGUUUGAAUUACGGCCAAGUACAACUCACAUCGCUUUCUCUCUUUCUCUUUCUCUUUCUCUCUCUUUUUCUCUCUCUCUCUCUCUCUCUCUCUCUUUCUCUUAUUUUUUUUAUGUAGCGUGUUUAUUUUUUAUAGUGUUUUUUCACAAAUAUUUUUUCAACGUAGAGCAUCGCCGCUAUUAAUGCAAUCGAGCAAUUCUCGUCUCGGAUCGUUUCUGUGUACGUGCGUGUGCACGUGGCUCAAUCUGGAAUACUCUUAAUUCAUAGUCGCGACUAUUAACGUAGGGAAACUCCUGGGACAUAAUAGGCGAAUGUAUAAAUCGAAACGUAAAUACUACCAUAAUCGACUCAAAUAUCUGAUUAAAUGAUGCACCAAGGCGGAAAACCGAUUUGACACUUGGUUCGAGAUAUUUUAAAAAUAAAAUAAAGUUUUUUCCUGAAGAGAUCAACAAUUAUUACGCAUAACUUAUUAUAGUAUUUAUAAAUGUGUUGCAAUUGAAACACACACAUAUAUGAACAUUUUGAAAUUACUUAUAAUUAUAAAAGACAAAGACACAACCGUGAUUAUUGUAUCUUGUUUUCUUUCGGAAUGUUUGUCUAAGAAGUUUCAGGAAAUACAUUAUGUUUUGUUGUUUAAGCACCGUUUUGUCAAUUACCGUUGAUUACACAAUGUUCUACUUCUUUCUUUUAGAUGCGCGUUCGCUUCUCGCGCAGUACCUAAUCUAUUACGGAUCAUCAAUCACUUUACAAAAAGUUUUCAAAACUUACUACUUCUUUUCUUCGCGCAUUCCCCCUACACAAGUUGUUUCAAUAGUUAAACAUCCCCUUUCUCUCUUUUUCGCAACAUAAUUAAUUUUUUCUUAGAAAAUAUUAAACUAAAUAUUCUACGCAUGUAUUUUGUUUUAAUUAUCGUUAUUACACAUCUUUCGAUGUGACUCAACUUUUCGAAAGAGAUAAGUUUUUAUUAACUAACUAGUUUAAACCAACUUUUCGAAUUAAUGAAAAAUAAGCUUCAUCACUUACCUUUUAUUUUUUGUGUGUCGACAUAAAUCUAAACUUCUUGUAAAACGCCUGCUAAAAAUUAAAAAUAAUUAAGCAUCGUUUCUUGUGUCAAUUUUCUGAUACUCGUAACUCAGGGAAAACAUGUGAGAAACUUGUGAAACAGUACAUAUAUACACAAACUCCCUUUUUGUUUGGCCUUCUAUCUUGCCCUUCUGACUCGGCGGCUGACUACAAGCUGGGUCGUGGAAGCUUGCCAUUCAGGAUAUCGACCAGCUGACACGCCCAUCCCUACCUUCCGACUCUUCGCCAUCAUUUCUACGUUGUCGCUCUCAUCUUCUCUCUAUUCUAUUUUUUGAUCUUCUAAUUCUAUUUUGUGAUCACCGAACAUAGCCGUCCGUUUAACAAAUCAAAUUAAUAAGAAGCGCCUUAUAUUUUGUUAGUACUUUUAGCAAGAAAAAUUUUUUCUCAAAAUGGCUAAUUCUCCAAAUCUGCCUUGGUGCAUUUACUCGCUUCAGAUAUCCACGAGAAAUGAACGAGGAACGGUCAUCAAUUGCGAGCAUCGCGUUCGAGUGGUACAAACGCACAUAAUAGUAUGGUUUUCGUUAUUAAAUAACUUCAAUCAUUAUAUAUAUAUUAAGAAUUACCAUAAUUUACAAUUAUGACUUUAUUCUUAACGAUGUUUUCAUAUUUAAUAACCGCGUGUAAGAAUUGUAAAGAUCGAAAUAAGAAAAUGUAUGAACAACAACAGACAUCAAAAGUACGCAAAAGUUAUAUUAUUUUUGUUUAUAUCGAUGUGCAGGCUUUAAAUGCAAAAAUACUUACGUUACAAUUAAAUAUAGUUUCCUAAUAACGAGAUUCCAGCUUUCUUUGUUUCGUUGAACAUUGACGCACUUAAAUAUUUUCACAUAUUUGCAAGAAUUUAGCGACAACGAUUGUUCACUACGCAAUUCAACCAUCGUAAUUUUUGUUUGCACAAUAACUUCUCGGUGGCGAUUUAAAACUCCGGCUUUUCCGAGAGCGCUCGACGUUCGCGGUUUUUUUGCAAUUGCGGUCACGCGACAAUGCAAAUAAUGAUUCGCGCCAGUUGUCGUGCAUGAGGAAGACGUAAAUCGCGUGUCCAACCCUCGUUCGUUUCUUUCUUCGACUGCGCUCGGCUACAUAAUAUAUAAGUAUUGAUACACUCUUCCACUCGUCCGCCUCAACUGGAAGCAUUAUAUGCAAUUUAUAUAAAACUACAUUCGUUAUCUAUUCGGAAUUUUUAUUAUAUACAGAAAGAGAAAGAUAAAGAAGAGAAGGAGGAAGAGAGAGGAUAUGACUUGUUUUAUUAUGUGAUAUAUUCUAUGGUAGUUUUAUGCAUUUAUUCGACUCUAUGAUAUCAGGAGCCUAUUGUUUACGCUAAAUCCUUAAGCAAGACACACAUUAAGAAAAUUGGCGUGUCCACGAGCAAAGAAAAAACCUCUUUCUUAAGUAGAAAGUGGUCAAAUAUAAAAGUGCAAAAUAACAUGCUUAAAUAACGUAAGAAUCACUAAUGAAGUUGCGUUCGGAAACACUAUUCGUGCACAGGAGCGUUAUUCUAUCUUUGUUUUAUAUCUAAUGAGUGAUAAGUCUACAUGCAGCUUGAAUUAAAAUAAUUAACGAUAAAAAGAUGAAAAGAUACACGUACUUGAUACGAUGCAACACAUAAUGACGUUUUAAAAUUGUAUAAUAUAAUUGAAUAAAUAAUUUUCAAUCUUCGCGCUUAAAUAGUGAGUCUUUCGAAAUUUGAUUUCGUUUGUUUGCGUUAAUUAACUAUUCGAUAUAUGAUUAUCCUUAUAUUGGAUAUUUAUAAACUGUAAAAUGAAACACUUACAAUGUAAAGAUGUAAUCGUAAAAGAUGUAUGUGAUGCAUCGUAGAGAAGAUGCGCCAAUUUGUUGGAAAAAGAAAAAUAUGUGUGACAACACCUGAUCAUGAUUAUUAUACUGAGUCUAAUUGAAAUUAUAUUAUUAUAUCUUUAUCAUUAUCUUUGUUAUCGUUAACAUUAUAUAUAAUCGUUUUAAAGCGACAUUAUGAUAAUCAUUAUCCUCUGGCAGGAUAAAAAUAAUAUACCUUGCGUUAUUGGCGGGCAUUUAAUCGCGUAUAACCAUGUACACAUUACCAAAUAAAGUAAAUCGUUAUAUAUAUAUAUAUAUAUAUAAAAUGCAAAAACAGCACCACCGAUGUGCGGGAAUCACGGAAUUAAUGAAAAAGACGAAAAAAGAGAAACAAAGCUAUUACUAUUAUAUAAAUCGAUCAUCUUGUAAAUACGAGUUUUAUACAGAGCAUUGUAUUCGUUAAAGAGAGAGUACUUAUUGCAAAAUAAUAUAUCUAUAUAUGUAUAUAUAUAUAUA